UCGUCGUCACGGGCGCAGGCAGGAGGGUCGGGAUGGCCCCUCGGGGCGGCCCAGCGGCGGCGACGCCCCCCUAAGGGCCGCCCCCUCGCCGCUCUCCGACCGUCGGAAGCGCCUUGGGCGCAGGAGGAGGCGGCUCGGGCGCUGCUGCCGCGGUUGUUGCUGCACAGGCUGCGGGCUGGCCGGCCGGCCAUGGCCAAGGAGCAGGACGCCGAGGCGGCCGGGGCGGCGUCUGCAGCCGCAGCCGGGGCUGGAGGCCCCCCCGGGAGCCGCGCUCGCCAGCCGCCGCCGCCGCCACCUCUGCAGCCGCGCCUGUGCCACAUGCUGAAGGGCGACAACGGCUACGGCUUCCACCUGCACGGCGAGAAGGGCAAGAGCGGCCAAUUCAUCCGCAAAGUGGAGCCCGACUCGCCGGCCGAGGCGGCGGGGCUGCGCGCCGGGGACCGCGUCGUCGAAGUCAACGGGCUCAACGUCGAGAAGGAGACGCACCACCAGGUGGUGCAGCGCAUCAAGGCCGUGGAAGCAGAGACUCGCUUGCUGGUGGUGGACAAAGAGACCGACGAGUACCUGCGGAGCCUGCAGCUCACUUGCACCGAGGAGAUGGCCCGCACGGGCAUCGUGGCAAACCCCGAGGUGUCGCCGGUCAAGUCGACUGCAAGCGACAACAACGGCGAGGCCUGGAAGCCCCAGUUGGAUCUGAGCAGCCGAAACCUCAAGAGGCACAAGCACAGCUUGAGCUCGGAGAGUGGGAAGAAGGAUCUGAAUGGGCAACCCAAGGACCUCUGCCCACGACUUUGCCAUCUCAAGAAAGGCCCCACUGGUUACGGGUUCAACCUCCACAGUGAGAAAGCCAGGCCUGGGCAGUUCAUUCGGUCGGUAGACCCAGAUUCACCAGCAUCCAAGGCAGGACUCCGACCGCAGGACAAACUCGUUGAGGUCAACGGGAUCAACGUCGAGGGCCUGAAGCAUUCCGAGGUAGUGUCACAUAUCAAGUCCAAGGAGCAUGAAGCCACACUGCUAGUUGUGGACCCCGAAACAGACGAGUAUUUCAAGAAACUGGGCAUCACCCCUACAGAGGAGCACAUCGGAGGUGGACUUCCUCAGCCCAUGACCAAUGGGUCAGCACAAACACAGCUGAAUGGGGGAUCCAUGUCCUCGUCCCACAGCGAUUGCCAAAGUCCUGAGAAGGAGUCUGAGGUGGGAGAGCCUGGGAAGAAGGAUCCGUUCGAGGAGAGCGGCUUGAACCUGAGUCCCACGGCAGCGGAGGCCAAAGAGAAAGUGCGGGCCAAGCGGGUGAACAAAAGGGCCCCCCAGAUGGACUGGAACAAGAAGCGGGAGAUCUUCAGCAACUUCUGAGCCGGCCAAGGAGCUCCUCUUGACUCCUGUUGCGGCUCCCCCCACCCCGGCCUGGAGACAUUUGCAAAUGAGCACGGGGAUGGUGAUGGCCGCGCUGUGCCUCCGACGGGCACCGCUCCAAGGCGUGCCAGGCUCUGCUUUUUACCAUAGGUUUGUGUUGCUUUGUACAAAGCACAUUCCCUCCUUCCCCCCUGCCCCCAGCCUCUUUUAUUGUACAAAAGUGGUCAGAGAGAGAGAGAGAGAGAGAGAGAG